AUGAUUCUUACAUCCACAGCAGAUUGUUCGCUCAUUCGAUGUGGCUUUUCCACCAACAUGGAUUUUUCUCAUGAGAAACCUGCUCCGUUCCAACUGCAGCAUGUUCAGCAACGGGUUCUUGAGACGGUCCCCCUUAUGUUUAAACAACGGCUUGAUUAUACCUUUUACCGCAAGGAUGUUUUCUGUGACGAUCAAAUAUUUGGUUUGAAGAAGCACGGACUUGAUCAACUUAUGCGUCAUCUGGGGACGAUUAGUGUUUUGGGUCAAUUUACGUUGCCACAUGUGGAAAUGGAAACGAUCAGUGUAAUCCCGGUGAUAGAAGAUGGAACAGUUCGAUGCCGCUGGCGCGUGAAAUAUGUCUCAUUUCCUCGACUCAUCUUGAAUCCUCGUCUCUUUCGAUUCGAUUAUCGGAUUAAAAACCUCAGUUGGUACGAUGGCUACUCCGUAUUAACGGUCGAUGGGAAUGGACAUGUUUUUAAAAUUACUAUUCAAAAGGAAGUCAAACUACUUUGGCAAGAAAUUCUAUUUCUCACUUUGUGA